AUGUGGUUUCUAAUAACAAUCACGGCAUUUCUUCUGGGAAUUUUAGCUUACCUCGAUACAAGAAAACCGAAAAAAUUUCCACCGGGACCAAAAUGGUGGCCAAUUCUAGGUUCAGCACCUCAAAUAUCAAACAUCCAAAAGCGCACGAAACACCUCGUUUACGCCACCACCGAACUAUCCAAGAAAUACGGCCCAAUUUUGGGUCUAAAAGUCGGAACCCAAGUCAUCGUCGUUGUCAACGGUCCAGCCGCCAAUAAGGAGUUUUUGAUGAGUGAGGAUUUAGCUGGGAGACCUCUUGGGGAGUUUUUCGAUAAAAGAACUUGGGGAAAACGAAGAGGCAUUCUGCUAGUGGACGAGCUAUUUUGGCAAGAACAAAGAAGAUUCUUCUUGAAGCAACUGAGAGAGUUUGGAUUUGGUACGAAAAAUAUGUCCACUUUAAUUGAAGAGGAAGCGCAAGAGUUGAUCGCUUACAUUUUCAAAUCUAUAGCUCUCAAUGAUUCGGUCAUAUUUAACGUACAAAAUUUAUUUAAUCUUCACAUACUGAACAGCCUUUGGAAGAUGUUGGCGGGAGUGAGAUAUGAUGCUGAAAAUAAGAAAAUGAGGGAACUCCAAGCGAUACUUAAUGAUCUAUUUAGGGCAGUUUCAAUGGUAGGUGCAACCUUUAGCCAUUUUCCAAUCUUGAAGUACUUAGCACCGGAAAAAUCAGGAUACAACGUAUACGUCAGGUCUCACCAGUGUCUGUGGAAAUUUUUAAGAAAGGAAUUAGCAUACCACAAGGAGACAAACGUUCCUGAUUCACCAAGAGAUGUCAUAGAUGUGUACUUGAACGUUUUGAAUUCCUCAGAGGAAAUCGCCGGAAGUUUUUCUGAGGAGCAACUUGUAGCUACGUGCAUGGACAUGUUCAUGGCUGGUUCUGAAACUACCAGCAACACUUUGAGUUUCGGGUUUUUGUAUUUAAUUUUGAAUCCGAGUGUACAGAGGAAAGCACAAGAGGAAAUUGAUCGGGUGGUGGGUAAAGACAGGAGUCCAUCGUUAAAUGAUAGACCCAAAAUGCCCUAUGUAGAAUGCGUGGUUAUGGAAUCAUUGAGGAUGUUUGCGGGAAGAGCAUUUACUGUACCACAUCGGGCUCUUCGAGAUACUUACUUGUGUGGAUAUCGAAUUCCUAAGGAUGUUUUGGUUAUUGCAAACCUGUAUGGAUGCAUGUUGGAAGAGGGCUGCGCCUAUGAAAACCCAGAACAAUUUAUACCAGAGAGAUUCUUAAAAGACGGGAAAAUUUAUUUACCGGACAGCUUCAUGCCGUUCGGUCUUGGAAAACAUCGAUGUCUCGGAGAAUCUUUGGCUAGAGCCAACAUAUUCCUGUUUGUGGCAGGUCUUCUGCAAAAAUUUGAUUUCAAUAUCGUUCCAGAACAACCACCAACUACUGAAUGGGCUGAUGGUAUAACACCUGGACCGAAACCUUUCAAGGCUAGGAUAACGCCUAGAAAAUUUUAA